CUCAUUGGCUCACUGGGAAUUUGGGGAGCCCCUGAGCGGGGCGUGAGAAGGCGGAGUCGGUUGCGCGCGCGUUGCAUUGUGUGCGCCAGAAGGAAAGCCAAGGAGCCGUGAGGAGGAAAGCGCGCGCACGCUCGUUCCUAGCGGGCGGCGGCAGCGGCUGAGGAGGAGCGCGCGCUCCCGGAUUCUCUCUCGUCUUGUGCUGGCACAACGCUGGCUUCGCUACGAGCAAGUCAGAGGAGGACGGAAAGGAGAAGGGAGCGGAGCCGAACCAGCCGGCGCCAUGGAGGAGCUGAGCAGCGUGGGAGAGCAGGUCUUCGCCGCCGAAUGCAUCCUCAGCAAGCGGCUCCGCAAGGGCAAGCUGGAGUAUUUGGUGAAGUGGAGAGGCUGGUCUUCCAAGCACAACAGCUGGGAACCCGAAGAGAACAUUCUUGAUCCCAGGCUUCUCCUGGCCUUUCAGAAGAAGGAACAUGAGAAAGAGGUGCAGAAUCGGAAGAGGGGCAAGCGACCCAGAGGCAGACCUAGGAAAAAUGUUGAACUUGAGGUGCCUCCAAAGAGCAAAUCCAGCAGCUCUUCUUCCUCAAGCUCCUCCUCAUCUUCCUCUUCUGAUGAAGAGGAUGACAGUGACCUUGAGACAAAGAGAGGUCAACGGAGCAGAGAGAGCCACCCAGUACCUCAAAAGAAAGCUCAGAUUAUGAUUGCCAAACCUGAGAAUAAGGACCCUAUUAGGAAGAAGCGUGGGCGGAAACCUCUACCUCCAGAGCAGAAAGCAGCAAAGGGGACUGUCAGCCUAACAAAGGUGCUAAAAGCAAAUCGGAAGGAGAUGGGAGGGGGAGGAGGAUCCAAACUGAUGGGCAAGAUGCAACCACAACACAAUGCUCAGAGUUCUGGCAUUGCCAUACUUAAAUCCCACAUGAAGGAAGCCCAAGGUGCAUUCAGUGGAUUUUGUUCUGGAGCAUCCUCCACUGACAACCUCUCCAGUAUUGUGAAAAGUACCUCAUCUGGAAGCCCAAACUGUGGCAUCAGCUGGCAGAGCUCCAUUGUACAUUACAUGAGUCGGAUGUCACAAAACCAGAGCUCAGCAGAUGCCUCUGCUGUGGGCAGGCUGACACUCAAGUCAGCAAUGUCCUGCAAGAGUGGCCUAGGGCUUGAUUUAAAACUGAAAAGCCAGAAAGGUGCUGGGGAUUUGGAGUUGACCAUGCAAGGGUCCAAGGUGACCAAGAAGCCUGGCAGCAGUGCAUUAGGGGAACAGAAAUCAGGGUAUAGUGCUGGUGCCCAGAACUUGCACAAUGGCAACAAAGUUCCUGCUGGCUCUCCCAACAGCCAUCCAGCUUCCAACCAGGAGCUCAACCUCCAAGCUUUAAAUCUGCAGAGUGUGAAAAAUGGGCUGAAUUCCACUGGCAAUAGCAACCUUCCUCGUCAUGGUUGUGGGACUGUGGCCAAAAAUGCUGGCAGCAGCCUAACUAUGAGCACAGUUGUGGCCAAGGGCACUGGGUCUGGCAGUGGCUCAAACACCACAAAUGCAGGGGCUGCAUUGACAGAUGUAGACACUCACAGAAGCGAGAAACCAGCACAAAGAACAGCUGUGGGUGAGAGAGAGCUGACAACAAAAAGCAGUAACCCAUGUGUACAGGAUGGAUGUUCCACAACAGAAAACCACAAGACUUUGGCCCUCUCAGAAAUGAGCACCGGAGAAGAGGAAACUAGCUCCGAUUCAGACAGAGAUUCUGCUUCUUUCCCUGGAGCAGGCCAGAACAUGUCCAUCUCUAUCCAGACUAGCCAAGAUUGGAAGCCCACUCGCAGCAUCAUUGAACACGUCUUUGUCACAGAUGUAACAGCUAACCUGAUCACAGUGACUGUCAAGGAAUCACCAACCAGUGUUGGCUUUUUUAAUCUUAGACAUUACUGAGCUCUGAGGCAUUCAGGGGGAGAUACAUAUUCCCCCUCAGCCUAUCUCAUUGACUCUACCGGACUGUUGCCUUGGAUGUCAGAAGGGGAAACAAAACUCAGCUGCUCCCACCCUUUAUAAGCUAGAUGCUAUGUCUCAGUCACCCUGCAUUGGGAGGCUCUGCAGCUGCUGACCAUGAUAACUUUUGGCUUCUAGUUUUAUCUAUGGAAACUCCCCGAGGCAGAUAGAGUGUUCUUCUUGGGAGCCAAGUUGUUAUGCAGCUACCAAAAUAUAUGUAGUGGUGGGGUUGGGGAUUCUUUUUCUCAUUGUGGAUAUGCUUUACUUGUUGAAAGCAGCCAGUGUAGAGGAAGGUGGGUGAAAGCUACUAGCCCAGGUUUUGCUGUACUUGGGACUUACUAGCUUUAUUGUUUUGAAAUGUCAGGGAAUUGGGUAUCCAGCUGCCUGGUAAGUUGGGGAGAAAGACCUUAAAACAAACCUCUAGUACAGUAACGUGUUCUUCAAGGAAAACGGUUCCUUAUUUCUCCCACCAAACAAUCCACAUCCAACCCUUGUCAUCUCCUAGGACAGUGAAACUCAGUCUAGACUUGAAAACAAAUCUGUACAUUUAGGUAGAUGCAAGAGAACAUGAGAAAUGAGCAUUGUGUUUACAUUUCCUCAAGUUGCCCUGCAUUUGGAAGCUAAAUGGGAUGGUACAGAAGUGCACGUUGCCUUCAGAGGUUUGGGGGCUGGGCCUAAAGACUAUAUAGGUGCUAUUUGUCUUAAGGCCAAUCUGGCAAUGUGUUGCUUCAAAAGGCUCAGGUUGAGCAUUGGCCCCUGAGAAUACCAAAUCUGUCUAGUGAUCCUUGUGCUGUAGUGAACAACAGGAAAUAAUCCAAAUAAAACAGUCUUGGAGUGGUCCAGAGCAAAGUCUACACA